GCUGCUGGGGCUUUUUGCAAUGGUAGCUGCUCUUCUAUACAUGGUGGGUUCCUACAGGCGCUCGCGCAGAAGCCGAACAUCUAGGAACUUAGCAGCUGAGACAUUUCUGUCUUCGGAUCUGUUGCCUAUGGCGAAAACGACAUCGGUAUCUACACCCUCGUAUAAUGGGCUAGAUCUAUGGACAGAACAUAACCCUGCUAUGGGUGACAAACAGAACUCCGGAGCAAAUCUCUCCAUGACAGAGAGAAGGCUCAGACGUCUUGGUCUCUUUAAAAGGGAGGCCCGUAAGGGAGUACGGGAUGUUUUUGAUCUGGAGUCGCAUGGGUGCAUCCAUGAGGGGAGCGGGAUACUGAAGGAGAGGGUUCCUGUAUUACCUCGGGCCUCAAAUGCAAGUCUUCGAAGACAUUUUGCGACCAGGAAUAUGAAUCAAACACCCAGAGGACUUAGUGAUGAAGAUAAUAAGACUCACAGUGGAUAGGGUAUGGACAAUGCCACUAAACCUUCAAGGCACUUGGAGGAGUAUUUUCAGUUUAUGUACUUACCUUACUUGCUU